CGCAGGGAAGUCGGAUGCUAUUUCCACUGUAGAGAGGGAACACCGCGGAGGUGAUUCGCCCCCCAAACAACAUCGAGCCAUCGGGAUUUAAAAAAAAGAAACACUUUGGAUUCGGCGUUUGCUGGGAGGCGAGAUGAGGGAGAACUUGAGAAAUCACCAGACCCAAACAACAUGUUGGGACCACCCAAAGAUGGCAGAACUCUACCAGUCAUUAGCGGAUCUCAACAACGUGCGGUUCUCGGCAUACAGGACGGCAAUGAAGCUCAGACGAAUGCAGAAAGCCCUCUGCUUGGAUCUUCUGAGCAUGCCUGCAGCCUGUGAAGCCUUUGAGCAGCACAAUCUCAAACAGAAUGAGCAGUUCAUGGACAUCGUGCAGGUGAUCAACUGUCUGACCAGCAUCUACGACCGUCUGGAGCAGCAGCACAGCAGCCUGGUCAACGUGCCUCUCUGUGUGGACAUGUGUCUCAACUGGCUGCUCAACGUUUACGAUACAGGACGAGCUGGGAAGAUUCGUACCCUAUCCUUCAAAACAGGAAUAAUCUCUUUGUGCAAAGCUCACCUUGAAGAUAAGUACAGAUUUUUAUUUCGAGAGGUGGCCAGUGCCACAGGCUUCUGUGACCAGCGACGCCUCGGCCUUCUCCUGCACGAUGCCAUUCAGAUCCCCAGGCAGCUUGGUGAAGUGGCGUCUUUCGGAGGGAGCAAUAUUGAGCCCAGUGUGCGCAGCUGCUUUCAGUUCGCUAAUAACAAACCGGAGUUAGAGGCUUCAGUCUUCCUGGACUGGAUGCGUUUAGAACCUCAGUCGAUGGUUUGGCUUCCUGUCCUUCACCGUGUAGCGGCCGCUGAGACAGCAAAGAACCAGGCUAAAUGCAACAUUUGUAAGGAAUGUCCUAUUAUUGGCUUCAGGUACCGAAGUUUAAAGCACUUUAACUAUGAUAUCUGCCAAAGCUGCUUCUUUUCUGGCAGAGUGGCCAAAGGUCACAAGAUGCAGUACCCUAUGGUUGAAUAUUGCACACCGACGACGUCAGGAGAGGAUGUGAGAGACUUUGCCAAGGUGUUAAAGAACAAGUUCAACAAGCGCUAUUUUGCCAAGCACCCUCGCAUGGGUUACCUUCCCGUCCAGACCAUCCUUGAAGGAGACAACAUGGAGACUCCUGUUACACUGAUCAACUUCUGGCCUGUUGACCAUCCGCCUGCAUCUUCCCCUCAACUCUCCCAUGAUGACACCCACUCUCGCAUCGAACAUUAUGCUAGCAGGCUAGCUGAAAUGGAGAACCGAAAUGGCUCGUAUGUGAAUGACAAUGUAUCGCCCAAUGAAAGCAUGGAUGAUGAGCAUCUGCUGAUCCAGCACUACUGCCAGAGUCUGAAUCAAGGCUCCCCUCUCAGCCAGCCGCAGAGCCCCGCUCAGAUCCUCAUCUCAAUGGAGACUGAAGAGAAGGGAGAGCUGGAGAGAGUGCUCAAUGAUCUGGAGCAGGAAAACAGGAAACUGCAAGCGGAGUACGAUCGUCUGAAAAAGGCACACGAUCACAAGGGUCUGUCACCGUUGCCUUCACCUCCACAGAUGCUUCCGGUGUCGCCUCAGAGUCCACGUGACGCAGAACUGAUCGCAGAGGCCAAACUACUGCGGCAACACAAGGGACGAUUGGAGGCAAGAAUGCAGAUCCUGGAGGAUCACAACAAGCAGCUGGAAUCGCAGCUUACACGCCUAAGACAGUUACUCGAGCAGCCACAGACUGAGUCCAAGGUGAAUGGCACUGCCCUGUCCUCACCCUCCACUGCCUCUCCGAGAUCUGACACCAGCCUGGCCUCACUGCGUGUGGCCGCAAGCCAAACCACAGAGACCAUGGGUGAUGAUGAGCUGUCCAGUCCCUCCCAGGAUGCAAGCACUGGAUUAGAAGACGUCAUCGAGCAGCUCAACAACUCCUUCCCUCACAGCCAAGGUCCCAAUGUGGGAAGUCUUUUCCACAUGGUUGAUAACAUUGGACAUGCCAUGGAGUCGCUGGUUCAUGUAAUAACAGAGGAGCAGGAUUUAGACUGAAGACGUCUUCUCCUCGUUGCAUGCUUUUGUAGUGUCAACAACUGGACCGGAUAUGUUUACAAUGGGGAAUAUCAAUAAAAAUCUAUUUUUCUGAAGGAUCGCGGUUCCACAUUGUAGAUUUGAUCUUUAGUAGUUUCGGUAGUUUCUUACGGCAAAAAGUCUAGAAUUGUUUAUUCAUUUUAAACAAAGGUUUUUACACUUCUAUGCAAUUGUACAAAAAUAGACAGACGGGUGUGUGAUAACAUGUAACAUUGCGUGCCAUGUCUUUGUACAGAGUGGAGCGCAAAAGUAAAAAAACAAAGGUCUUUUAUCUAAAUGGGUGAGUGAGAAUACACAGGGGUGCUUUAUCAACUCAUUUUGUUUGUAACAAAAUAACAAAUGCAUAUUAAAAGGCAAGUCCGCUAUUGUG